UUUGAUGAGGGGACAGGUCGGACACUGAUAAAGACGGUAACUAGCUAGUAAAGGAGUGCACGGGGAAAGAUGAUGACGGACAUUAGGCCACAGACAGGUGAAGAUGACAGCUGUUAUUGACAGAAUGACACUUUUUAUUUUUGCCUUUGACAGUGUGUGAAUACCACUUUGACUACAAGAUUCUGCAGAAACCAGUAGAUCUGCGUGGGCAUCUGAUCUGCACAGGGCAACAUUCACAUAAUCUGUAGGCUGGCCAGGUGGGAGCUACAGGUUUAGGCACAGAUGCAUAUAGAUGGGACAGGUCCAGGCUAACAAACAGGUAUUGGGGAUGAAGGAGAGCGGGCAGGUACCAGGUACCUGACGAACCACUUGGCUCGGAAGUGUUUGGGAGAGCUGAUGGGAACAUUUGUUCUGCUGACAGUCCCAUGGGCCAUAGUGGAGGGUCAACAACAGAGUGGAGAUGUUCAAAGAGAGGCCUCCUCCAGAGGAGGAGAGGAGGGUCCGGGCCAAUGACAGAGAAUACAACGAGAAGUUUCAGUAUGCGAGUAACUGUAUUGUGACGUCUAAGUACAACGUCAUCACCUUUCUGCCCGUCAACCUGUUUGAACAGUUCCAGGAAGUGGCCAACACCUACUUCCUCUUUCUGCUCAUACUGCAGUUGAUUCCUCAGAUCUCGUCUCUCUCCUGGUUCACCACCAUAGUGCCUUUAGUCCUGGUGCUCAGCAUCACUGCAGUAAAGGAUGCCACCGAUGACUACUUCCGUCACAAGAGUGACAACCAGGUGAACAACCGGCAGUCUCAGGUCGUCAUCCAGGGCUCUCUUCAGAAGGAGAAGUGGAUGAAUGUAAGAGUGGGUGAUAUCAUUAAACUGGAGAAUAACCAGUUUGUGGCAGCUGACCUUCUCUUACUGUCCAGUAGUGAGCCUCAUAGCCUCUGUUACAUCGAGACCGCAGAGCUAGAUGGGGAGACCAAUAUGAAGGUGCGUCAGUCUCUGUCUGUGACUGCAGAGCUGGGAGACCCCAACAGCCUGGCCUCUUUUGAUGGUGAGGUGGUCUGUGAGCCUCCCAACAACAAGCUGGACAGGUUCUGUGGUCUUCUGUGCUGGAGAGAUUGUAAAUACCCCCUGAGCAACCACAACAUGUUACUACGAGGCUGUGUUCUCCGCAACACAGAGACCUGCUACGGACUGGUCAUCUUUGCAGGCCCAGACACCAAGCUGAUGCAGAAUAGUGGUCGCACCAAGUUCAAACGCACAAGCAUCGACCGCCUCAUGAACACACUGGUGCUCUGGAUCUUUGGCUUCAUGGUGUGUAUGGGUGUGAUCCUGGCUGUGGGGAACGCUGUGUGGGAGAGAGAGGUGGGUUCUCUGUUCCAGAGUUACCUGGCCUGGGACCUGCCUGUAGACAACUUCCUGUUCUCUGCUUUCCUCUCCUUCUGGUCCUACGUCAUCAUUCUCAACACCGUGGUGCCCAUCUCACUCUACGUCAGUGUGGAGGUGAUUAGGCUGGGUCAUAGUUACUUUAUAAACUGGGACAGGAAGAUGUUCUGUCCACAGUGUAACACAGCAGCUGAAGCCAGGACCACCACUCUCAACGAGGAACUGGGACAGGUGGAGUACAUCUUCAGUGACAAGACAGGAACUCUCACUCAGAACAUCAUGAGCUUCAGCAAGUGCUCUAUCAAUGGACAUGCCUAUGGUGAGGUGAUCGACCCGUUGGGAGCACAGCCAAAGAGGCUAGACUUCUCUUCCUUCAACCCCCUGGCGGACCCUGACUUCUGUUACUAUGACAACGGUCUGCUGAAGUCGGUGAAGCUGGGAGACCUUCACAGCCACGAGUUCUUCCGGCUGCUUUCCCUCUGUCACACCGUCAUGAGUGAGGAGAAGAAGGAGGGAGAGUUGAUGUAUAAGGCCCAGUCUCCAGAUGAGGGUGCAUUGGUGACAGCAGCCAGGAACUUUGGUUUUGUGUUCCGGUCUAGAACCCCUGGUACUGUCACUGUGACAGAGCUGGGCCGACCCGUCACAUACACACUGCUGGCCAUCCUCGACUUCAACAACAUCCGCAAGAGGAUGUCCGUUAUAGUGCGUAACCCCGAGGGGAGGAUCCGUCUAUACUGUAAAGGAGCUGAUACUCUGUUGUUUGAGAGGCUCCACUCCUCCAACAAUCACCUGAUGAACAUCACAACAGAUCACCUUAAUGAGUAUGCUGGGGACGGUCUGCGGACCCUGGCCCUGGCCUACAGAGACCUGUCAGAGGAGCAGUGGGAGGAGUGGUCAGAGAGACACCGCCAAGCAGACAGAGCUACAGACUGUAGAGAGGACAGACUGGCUGACAUAUAUGAAUACAUAGAACAGGACAUGAUGCUCCUGGGAGCCACAGCCAUAGAGGAUAAGCUACAGGAGGGAGUUCCUGAGACCAUCGCUAUUCUCUCUCUUGCUAACAUCAAGAUCUGGGUCCUCACUGGAGACAAACAGGAGACAGCAGUUAAUAUAGGUUACUCCUGUAAGAUGCUGACUGGUGAUAUGACUGAGGUGUUCAUCAUCAGUGGAAACACAGUGCUGAGUGUUAGAGAGGAACUCAGGAGAGCGAGGGAGAGGAUGAUAGAGUUUGCCCGUACGAGAGAGGGAGGAAAGGAGGAGGGGAUGGAGGGAUGGGGCGAGGCCUGUUCUCUGGGGAAUGGGUUUGGGGGAGACGGGGGAGGAGAUGGGAGAGAGUGGCCCUCCGUGGGGGACAAACAGCAGCAGUGUCCCCCUCCCCCUGGCCCUCCCGCCCCUCGACCCCCCUCCUCAACCACGCUAGACUCCAUAUCUGGAGAGUUCGCCCUCGUCAUCAACGGACAUAGCCUGGCCCAUGCGUUGGAGGCUGAUAUGGAGGGGGAGUUUGUGUCAACAGCGUGUGUCUGUAGAGCAGUGAUCUGCUGCAGGGUGACUCCUCUACAGAAAGCCCUGGUGGUGGAGCUCAUCAAGAAACACAAGAAAGCUGUCACCCUGGCCAUAGGAGACGGGGCUAAUGAUGUUAGCAUGAUCAAGACGGCUCAUAUAGGAGUGGGCAUCAGUGGUCAGGAGGGCAUCCAGGCAGUGCUGGCGUCUGACUACUCCUUCUCCCAGUUCCGCUUCCUCCAGCGCCUGCUGCUGGUCCACGGACGCUGGUCCUACCUCCGCAUGUGUCGCUUCCUCUGCUACUUCUUCUACAAGAACUUUGCCUUCACCAUGGUGCACUUCUGGUUUGGCUUCUUCUGUGGCUUCUCUGCCCAGACAGUAUAUGAUCAGUACUUCAUCACUCUCUAUAACAUCGUCUACACCUCUCUCCCCGUGCUGGCCAUGGGAAUAUUUGACCAGGACGUCCCAGAGCAGCGUAGUCUGGAGUAUCCUAAGCUGUAUGAGCCAGGUCAGCUUAACCUGCUGUUCAACAAGAGAGAGUUCUUCAUCUGUAUAACCCAGGGUAUCUACACUAGUGUUGUGUUGUUCUUCGUACCCUAUGCCAUCCUGUCCCACGGAACCCAGGGCACCGGGGAACCCCUCGCUGACUACCAGACCUUUGCUGUUACCACGGCCACCGCCCUGGUGAUCGUGGUCAGUGUGCAGAUUGCUCUGGACACAGGCUACUGGACAGCCAUCAACCAUUUCUUUGUGUGGGGCUCUGUGGGCUCCUUCUUCACCAUCAUGUUGGCUAUGCACAGCCAGACUCUAUUCAGCAUCUUUCCCAACCAGUUCCACUUCGUUGGCAGUGCCCAGAGCACACUGGUCCAGCCGCUGGUGUGGCUGACCAUCGUCUUGGCCACAGUGAUCUGCAUCGUUCCAGUUCUGGCUUUCCGAUUCCUCAAACUGGACCUGAAACCACAGCUCUCUGAUACGGUGCGUUACACCCAGCUGGUGCGUCAGAAGACGAGGAAGCCAGCGGGUCGAUGCAUGGGAGGAGUCAGGGGCGGGGGCGUGCCUGAGGGUCGUCUGGGGGCAAGGGGGGGGUUCAGGAGGUCAGGAUAUGCCUUUGCCCACCAGGAGGGCUUUGGGGAGCUCAUCACCUCUGGGAAGAACAUGAGACUGUCCUCCCUGGCCCUGGCCAACUUUGCCUCCAGACACAGCUCCAGCUGGAUAGACACCCUGCGCAAAAAGAAACACUCAAAUACACAUCCCCCGCAGAGCGCCUCGGGAGAGAGCAGCCCGGCACCUAGCUAUGUGUCGGGAUCGGCUCCCCCCCUGUCCAAUUCAUCCUCUCUCCUGGGGGGGUCGCAGGAUACUCCCCUGGAGGAGGGAACACACACGCUGCCUGUCAUACUCCCACAGGUGGCUUCUGGCCCUCCCACAAACACACCAGCGUUAGCUCCAGCCCAGGUCCCCUCUGCUGACGCUCUCACUCCCACCUCUGUGAGGAGUCCUGGGGGAGACUCGGUUGGUGGCUGGAACCUUAGUCUGGGCGCUGUACAGGAUGCUCUAUUUGGUUGGAGGGGCGGCGCCUCUCGCACCAGCGGAACCAGCAGCCCGGGACCUCCCCCUGUUCCCAAGGAAACCAACCACACCGUGUGAGACGGACAGACAGAUGGACAGAUGAUUUAAAGAAGAAGGACAGGCUGUCAUAUCCCACUGGAUUCUCUUGGAAUACGUGAAGAAAUACUGCAUUUGGAAGUUUGGAAUACUGAAGGAGGAAUGUUUGGAAUGGCACUUAGGAAGAGAUCCAAAGUGGCAGCCAAUGUAGGCGGAAGGCAUACACACCCAUCAACACCCACUGGCAUUUGUAUGACACUGUCGUUGCAAUAGUGUUGAUACAUAUAUGUAUCCGUCUGAAAGACUACUGUGAUUAUUAUUAUUUGACCAUGCUGUUCUGUUAUAAUCUCCACCCGGCACAGCCAGAAGAGGACUGGCCACCCCUCAUAGCCUGGUUCCUCUCUAGGUUUCUUCCUAGGUUUUGGCCUUUCUAGGGAGUUUUUCCUAGCCACUGUGCUUCUACACCUGCAUUGCUUGCUGUUUGGGGUUUUAGGCUGGGUUUCUGUACAGCACUUUGAGAUAUCAGCUGAUGUAAGAAGGGCUAUAUAAAUACAUUUUUAUUUGAAAUCAAUUUUAUUUGAAAGAUGGUGUGUGGUAGUUGUGAUAGACAUGCUCAGACUAUCCACAACCCACUUAUCUGUCUUCUUCAACCAAUGAGGCAGGCUGAAAGAAGCACUUCUUCAUGCAAAUGAUGUAACCAUCUGCUGAAGAGCUUGGUACCACAGGGUUCCGGACAGAAACCCCCCUCCAACAGCACCGUUGUGGUUCAGACAUGACUAUACUAUUUAUACAAUGGAUCAUAUGUCAUAACAUCAUAUCAGAUUGGUUCAAAACAAAGUAUUGAAUUGAGUCUUUAUGACAGAAGAGAGGUUCAUUUGAUGGUCAGAAAGGUGGUGAAUUGAGUCUUUAUGACAGAAGAGAGGUUCAUUUGAUGGUCAGAAAGGUGGUGAAUUGAGUCUUUAUGACAGAAGAGAGGUUCAUUUGAUGGUCAGAAAGGUGGUGAAUUGAGUCUUUAUGACAGAAGAGAGGUUCAUUUGAUCAUCAGAAAGGUGGUGAAUUGAGUCUUUAUGACAGAAGAGAGGUUCAUUUGAUCAUCAGAAAGGUGGUGAAUUGAGUCUUUAUGGCAGAAGAGAGGUUUAUUUGAUCAUCAGAAAGGUGGUGAAUUGAGUCUUUAUGACAGAAGAGAGGUUCAUUUGAUGGUCAGAAAGGUGGUGAAUUGAGUCUUUAUGACAGAAGAGAGGUUCAUUUGAUCAUCAGAAAGGUGGUGAAUUGAGUCUUUAUGACAGAAGAGAGGUUCAUUUGAUCAUCAGAAAGGUGGUGAAUUGAGUCUUUAUGACAGAAGAGAGGUUCAUUUGAU